AUGUGCUUUGACUCAAAUUCUUCUGGCAUGUUCGCCUACACUUCGUCGGUCUGUCGGUUUCCGUUCUGUUCGUUCACUAAUCUGCUGAGUUUUGGGGAUUUGUGCUUGGAUAGCAGUGCUAAUUUUCUUUUUGGUUAUCACAUGGCUCAGUCACAGUGGUGGACGGAUGGACAGACAAACGGACUGAUGGAUAGAUGGUCUCCCUCGGUGCACGCGUAUAAUCGCUGUUGUGUUCUCGUCGUAUGGAAGGCAGACAUGCACAGUGAUGAUUGUGAUGGCUGUGACAGCGACGGCGACAGCGACACUGGCGUCCGUUGUGAAGGCAGUAGCGAUAGCGACGGCGACCAUGACCGUCCUUAG